AUGCUCUUAAAGUACUACAACAGAAAUGUGGAUUGUUAUGACACAAAAGUUGAAGAGCUUGCUCUAUUUGUAGCAUCAAGAUAUAUGGGAGACGCUGUGUUUGGCAACCCCAUCACAAACUCAACUUUAGGACUGCCUGAUUUUCUAGAUAAGAAGAAUAUACAACGCAUAGACAGAGCUCGAAUGGCUCUUAACAUGAAGAAUGCAGAGAAAAAGAAUGCCAAAGCGCUCCAGUAUUUGGAGAAACUGAAGGAACAAUCUGAGAUUGCAAAUGGACAAUGGGCUGCCUUUAUGCAUGUUUCUAAGCCUGUUCACUCUAUUGGGGCUGUUGUGUACAGUGGCAAGGACCCUCAAGGGGUUGACUGUUAUUGGAUGGUGUCAUGGGACAACCCUAAUGACAAAAAUAAGUGGAACACGCAAGCAUAUUCGGAGAUCCGUGAAAAAAAUCAUUUUUCAAAUUGCGAUUGGCAAGUAGUAUAUGAUAAAAUGCAGAUUAGCGGCGUUUAUCAGGAUGGUGUUGAAGACAAAAACAACUGA